AGCAGCGCUCACCGGUAAAGUGGUGUAUUCCGUAAAUGUUUUUGCCUUUUUAAGCAAGCAACCAUAGAUUAAGUAUUUCAUCUAUGAAGCAACUGAUAACGACGGAGUUAACCGACCUUAUCUUCUAAGGCCGUACUCGGGUCUCGGAUAUUUCUCUCAACAGCUAUCAGUUAAUUACCCAUUUCUAUUUUCUUUAUUUUAACAGGUCUACCGUCUAUGAUCUUUGUACUCUAUAAAUCUAGGAACACCGUCUCCGCCGGCAAACGAUAUCUCAUUUAUAUUUUUCGUAAAUUUCUUUGUCUAUAGAAGAUAAACGAUUGGACACUUAAGUUGAACAUUUUGACAUUUGUAUACCAAAGUUAGUAAGUCAGUAUUUUCCUGUCAUGUUUAAUAUUUAUGCUUAGUAUAAACUCAAGAACGUUAAACCUAUCUAUGAGAUAUUUCAGCAAAUUGAUAAAGAACAUAAUUUUUACUAAGAGAGAUAUGUCUUCACUCAAACUAUUUUUGUGGGAAAACGUGAUGUUUGUCAACUCUGUAAUUCUGCCUGGUGAAAUAGAAAAAAAAUAUAUGAUAACUACCUUAAUAACAAUAAAAAAUAACACGAGACGUUUGAAUAUGUGUCGUAAACCAGAUGAUACUGUUGUUAUAUUACUGCAAAGAUUUGCCUUGAAAAUACAGCAAGCCAAAGUAAAAAAAAAGAUUAAUGAACCAAUAACUGAUUGUAUUUUCUUGAAAGUUAAUGGACAAACUGUCCCUGAUGAAACAAAAUGCAGUCAAGUUUUUGAUGGUAAAAAUAUAAACAUUUCACUCGAAAUAAAUGAUAAAACUUUGUCCGUCAUGGUUGAUCUACCCAUAAUAAAUGAUCUACUACUUGGAAAACCUUACAAGUGUCUAAUGUUAUAUCCUUAUGCAUUUGACAAAGGAUAUAAUGUAUCGAUUUUGAAAAGCAAAUAUACUUGGUAUAGAGUAAAAUCAAAUAAUGUUGUUAAGGUGGGUAAUAGUAUUGCAUAUAUACCAUCUGAUGAUGAUAUUAAGUGUAAAUUAAAACUAGUUUGUGAACCUUGCAAUGAAGAAGGUCACUUUGGACCAACAGUGGAGGUAUUGUCUGAGGAAGUUGUUGAUAACAUCAUAGAUAAUUAUCCUUUUGAGAAAAGACUAAUCGAUAAACCGAGUAAUAGUUUUAGAGUUCUAUCAUAUAAUAUAUUAGCCGAAGAUUACACAAAAACUAAGGAAGCCAAAAACGAAAUGUAUCCAUAUUGUUCUGCAUCUAUAUUGGCAUCUAGCUAUCGGAACCCUCUUCUCUUGAAAGAAUUAACAGCUUAUGAAGCAGAUAUAUUAUGUUUACAAGAAGUGGAACUUAAAUUUUUCAAUAGGGUAUUAGUUCCUUUAUUAAAACAUAAUUUUAAUUUAAACGGAGUUCAUUGCAAAAAAGAUGGUAAUAAAAAUGAAGGCUCGAGUUGUUUUUUUUCUGCUGAUAAAUUUGUCAUGCUGGAGCAAUUUAAUAUAAAACUAAAUGAUCACGUGGUAGUUGAAAUGUACUGUGGGCCUCUCGUAAAUGCUAUUUUAAAUGAUGAUCAGUGGAAACAAGGUCUACUAAAGAAAACUGUCUUGCAAAUUUUACUCUUGGAAACGCGGUGCAGUAGCAAGCAUCUGUUAUUAGUUUGUAACACCCAUCUGAUAUCGGAUCCUGAUGGUGAUUCCAUACGACUAUUGCAAUCAUUAGUUGAACUUGCAAUUAUUAAAAAAAUUAAAAAGACUGUCAAAAAUCAUUUCUCUGAUCGGAAUAUAUCUGUUAUAUUCUGUGGCGAUUUCAAUAGUACACCAGAAAGCGGAGUUUAUGACUUGGUGACUAAUUCAUUGUUACCCGAAGAACACAGACAUUGUGCUGAAUUGAACAAUUUAAAGGAUAAAAUUGAUUUUAAAAUGUAUAGUGCAUACAGCACUAAGGUGGAUUACAGUAAUUUUACUCAAACGUUUUUUGGUCUUUUAGACUAUAUAUAUUUUACAGAAGAUCAUCUGAAACUUUUACAGGUAUUACCUAUGCCAUCACACGAAGAGGUCAUUGAAAAUGUUGGUCUCCCGAGUGUCACAUUUCCUUCGGAUCACUUGGCUUUAAUUGCUGAUUUCAAGUUCAAAUAACUAACUGUAGGUGAAUCAAUAUAAUUCCCAUUUUUGGUGAACGAGUUCAAGCCUAGGACUUGAUGUCUGUCUUCGAAGCAAUCACUAAUAUCGUCUGCCAUAAUAUAUUCUAGUAGCUAG